UUAAGCCGUGCUGUAGGCACACAGAGCAGGCAUUCAUUCUCGGGCGGCGCAAGCGAGGGGGCUGGGGAGUGAGCGUCACUCUGGAAACUCGGGGACCCGCGGAUUCUCGACCUCUUUCCUCACUGCUGAAGUUUUUGUGGAUUUCCAAUUCGAAGAGGGGGAGAGAAGGUGGGACAGACGUGAGGCUGGGUGAGCUUUGCGCAGACGCCCGUGUGUCAGAAGGUAAACUGGGGCGCACUGAGCUGCCUAUGAGACCAUCGACACGGAUGGAAAGAACUUUAAUGUGGAAUCCUCACAGAGUUUUGCAGCGGAGGCUGAGAGUAGAGACAGACUGGCAGUUUAUAUUAUAAUUUAGAGGAGUUCACAGAGACAGAGCAGUCAGCAGAGUCCAUCAAGCAGAGCUGAGAAUUCACAAAAAGGCUUUAGGUUUUCCUCUUGAAGAAGAUGUCCAGGGAGGAGCAGAGCCUCUCAGAGGUCGAGCUCAGCCCCGGCAUGUCGGAUGACAGCUGCUCCCAGUCACCUGGUCAUUCCCUGGGGGCGGCAGGCGCGGGAGAGUCCCCCCUCCACGGGCAGCAGCAUCCGCAGAUGGACGGCGAGUCCGCGGGCUGUUCUUCCGCCAAAUCCGACGACGAGGACGAGCGCUUCCCGGACGGGAUCCGAGAAGCGGUGAGCCAGGUGCUGAAAUGCUAUGACUGGACGCUCGUGCCCAUGCCCGUGCGCGUCAACGCGGGAAGCAAGAACAAGCCCCACGUGAAGAGGCCGAUGAACGCCUUCAUGGUGUGGGCGCAGGCGGCGCGCAGGAAACUGGCGGACCAGCACCCGCACCUGCACAACGCCGAGCUCAGCAAGACGCUGGGGAAGCUGUGGAGGCUUCUUAACGAGAGUGACAAGCGACCCUUCAUUGAGGAGGCAGAGAGGCUGCGGAAGCAACACAAGAAAGAUUAUCCGGACUACAAAUACCAGCCGCGGCGCAGGAAGAACGGAAAGCUUGGCACGGGAUCUGGAAGUGAGGCUGACGGACAACUGGAGGGUGAGGUCACCCACUACAAGGGCCUCCAGCUGGAAGUGGCUCAUGGUGGGGGGGCCGAGUCCCUUCUGGCAGAUGGGCACCACCCUCAUGCUGCAGGACAGAGCCACAGCCCUCCCACGCCCCCUACCACACCCAAGACCGAAGCUCUGGCCGGAAAAGCAGGGGAUGGGAAGAGGGAUGGAGGGGGGAACGGGAGCUCACGCGCCUCCAUGGGGGCUGAAGGAGGCUCUGGUGCUUCUGGGUCCGGGAAACCUCACAUCGACUUUGAUAACGUGGACAUUGGAGAGAUGAGCCAUGAAGUGAUGACAAACAUGGAGCCUUUUGAUGUCAACGAGUUUGACCAGUACCUGCCCCCUAACGGCCAUCCUGCAGUUGGGCAGAGCAGUGGGGCCGGAGGAGCUGCCGCUGCUGCUCCGAGCUCGCCAUACGGCUAUGGCAUCUCGUCAGCUUUGGCGGCGGCCAGCGGACACUCGGCGGCCUGGCUCUCCAAGCAGCAGCAGCAUCACAGCUCCCCCCUGGGGGACGCCUCUAAGGUCAAGAGCGAGGCUGUGACCUCUGGGAGUCACUUUGCAGAGGCGGCCUCUGCAGGCACGCAUGUUACCUACACGCCACUCAGUCUUCCUCACUACAGCUCCGCCUUCCCCUCAUUGGCCUCAAGAGCUCAGUUCGCAGAUUAUGCCGAUCACCAGGUCUCAGGGUCCUACUACGCCCACUCCAGUCAGGCUCCGGGGUUGUACUCUGCAUUCUCGUACAUGGGGCCUUCCCAGAGACCCCUGUACACCGCCAUCACUGACCCCGCCAGUGUGACCCAACCACACAGCCCCACCCAUUGGGAGCAGCCGGUCUACACAACUCUGUCGCGGCCAUGACAGAUGACAGAACCAGGAGGCGCCUGUGCCCGCCCAGCCCCAACAUCAGACCACAGAAGCAGAGGCGACAGCAACAGUGGAGCUGUUGGAAGUUGUGAUGAAAGUGCUCUGGUCUGGGGGGCUUGCGCAGGCCGGGAGGGCAUAAGGGGUGAAACCUUGUUCCAAUCCUGCCCGCGUGUAGGAGAAAACGAUGUAAGAAAGCGGAGGGUGGUGUGGCAGCACUCAGUGUGGUUGUGAGGGAAACUGGAGACCCUUCAGAAAUUGCAGCAGCUGUGCCAGUGAGCGCUCAGGUAGGCUCUCACCUGUUCCAAACUUCACGGGUAUCAGGAGGCACACUGGAGUCUGCAAACAUCGCCCCCAAACAAAAAACAAAAAAAGAGAAAAGCACAACUUUCCUUCCUGAAAUGAAACCAGGAAAGAAUCAUUACACAAUAACACAUUGCCAAUCUUUUGUUGUUCAUGACAUAAAAUUAAAGAUUAUAACUCAAAUGGAUGAAUAAAUCCUGAAAUGGUUGUUUUGGCAAGAAUUUGUCCACUUUGUUCUCAGAAAACCACAGUUACCUAAACUCAAACAGAUCUGUUAAAAAGGAAAAAAAAUCAAAAUGUAUCAAUAUUUUAAGUAACAAAUGUGCCUUCUGUAGAAAUCCAGACAAACUAAUGAAACUAUGACAAAAUAACCAAAGCAUUGAGACCAAAACAUGUUUUACUGUUAUAGGAUAGAAACAGAUUUUUAAAGAUGUUUCUCCCAACAUGACACUCAAAGCUACCUGGUAGUUCGUAGAGAUGUUUUUUGGAUUAGCCAAAACAUUUUCAGUAAAAGUUAUUCUUCUUUUAUCAGAAAGUUUUUACUUUAUCUUAUCUGAAGUUUCUUUUCCUUCUUUUAGUGUUUUCUAAUAAAAUCUUCAGACUUUUAUGUACUUAUGACUUGAGAAAACUUUAUUUUGUACUCACAAAAAACAGUGAAGUUUGACUAAUAAUAUUUGUAUUUUAAGAUUUGUUAAAGAAAAACUGGGAUCUCACAGAUUACUAUUAAAACAUUUUGCCAUUAACUUCACUUAUUGCUUCACCACUGUCUAAUUUUUUACUUUUUUUGGGUAAAAUGUUAGCAUUUUGCUAAUUUUAAGAUUGAUUCAUUAAAAAAAACGGAUUUCAUACUUGUAUGCUGAAGGAGAUGCCAAUAUUUUUGAAUGACUUGCCACACGUGAAGAUAAUUUCAGAUUGCAUUAACGAAGUGCCUUGUUCUUGACAAUUUACUUACAUGUAAUUAUAUUUCAUUCUAUUGUGAUGAAAAUCCUUCAAAAUCUACAUUAAAUAUUAUUCUAUGCCAUAUUUAAACUGCUCGCUAUGUAAAAGUAUAACAAUGCUUUGUUUUCUGUCAUGCUAAGACUGGACUGUAACUUUAAAUUGAAAUGUUUCUUUUUGUUGCUCUGAGCUUUUUCAUUUCCUAUUUAUAAUUUUUUUUGCAUCUAUUUGUGUAAAAAGCAUUUUUUUUCUUUCUCUUUGAUCUAAGCUGCCAUUUAUUUUAAUAGGAACAGUGGAUUUCAGUCACAGAGUCUGUAAAUAAGAGCAGGAGCAAAAGCCUGAACAUGUGACGAUGACUCUCACUUGAAAUAAAGUUCUUCUGUUUUUUUGCCUGUUCA